UUGCACAUAUUUUAUUAUUCAUUAAUUUCAUACAUAUUUGGAAAUUUUAUAGAUAAAUCUUUGGUGAAAGAAUAAAUAAAUAAAUGGAUUCAAGUAUAAACGGUUAUCUUGUUGAAUCCACAUCGGAUGGUCGAAUUGUUGGAUUUUUUUAUGGAACUUAUCAUCAGAUUAAAACACCACCACCAUCUAUUGAUUUGUCAAAACGAUUGAAACAAAUUCGUAUGUUACCAUUUAAUCCGUGCAUUGAACAUGAUGAAUUAGCUGAAUUUCGUUUAUUAAAUCAUAAGAAUCGUGUUAUUAUACAAAGUUAUUGUAUGAAUCAACAAUCGAAUGAUGAUAUAUCAAUGAUUUGGUUUGGUUAUGAUGAUGACCACCAGAAUCGAUUCAUUACAUUCAAUACGAAUGGUGUAUUGGUUCUUUGUGGUCACGUUUCAAUCGUAUCGACGACUAUGACGACCACAAAUGAAUCAUCAUCACCUGUAGAACAUUAUGAAGGUGCUUGUACCAUAAAUUUAUUUGGUGGUUCAUCAUUUAUAGAAUUUAAUAAUAAUGUUAUUCAAAUUCAUUUAUUAUCAUCAUCAUUUGGUGAUCAUUCGAAUCGAUUCGCAACCAAUACGAAGAUACCAUAUCGAUUUCUUCAGCGUUUGAUUAGUCAUAGACAGCGGGAUAUGUUGAAAAUUGAUAACAAGAACAAAAAUGAUAAUCGUGAUGAUUAUCAUACGAUUGAAUCAUUAAUGUCAUUGGAAACAUUCGAUCAUUUAUUUUAUUGAUAGAUAAUUAUUACUACUACUAAUACU